CCAAUCCACUUCGACAGCUACUCAUGCUCCCUGACUGCUCCCCUGCUUAAUUUCGGAAACGCUACAAAGUCAAACAGACAAAUUUCGGAAACGCUACAAACUCUCCUCCAUAUCUGAUGCUUUCUCAUACCCACCCCAUCAGCCUCAUCGCCAAGACUCGCCACCACACUCCAUGGAGAAACAGCUGCAAUUCCUGUGUCCUGCAGCACCACAGAACAUUCCGUGCUACCAAAUCCUCAUUCCAACCAACAACAGCCCCUUUGAAUGGAGAAGAAAAGGAGAAGGAAGAAGAAAGACCGAAACUGAGGUGGAUGAAGAUAGGCCCUGAAAUAACAGACACCCAAAAGCAGGCAAUUUCUCAACUCCCGCCCAAGAUGACCAAACGCUGCAAGGCUCUCGCCGAGCGCGUCAUCUGUUUCUGUCCUGGAGACGGUGCCGAUCUCUCUCAAUUACUGUCGACGUGGGUGAAGAUAAUGAAGCCGAGGAGAGCCGAUUGGCUGUCGGUUCUUAGGGAGUUGAAGAGGCUAGAAAUUCCGUUGCUUUUAGAAGUAAUGGAGUUUGCCCUUGUAGAGGAUUCAUUCGAAGCCAAUGUUCGGGAUUACACCAAAAUAAUCGAUGCUUACGCAAAGCAAAACUGCUUGCAAGAUGCUGAAAAUGCACUUGCAGCCAUGAAGAGUAGAGGUUUUACAUGCGAUCAAGUCACCCUAACAGUUCUGCUUCAUAUGUACAGCAAAGCAGGCGAUCUAACACGGGCAGAAGAAACAUUUGCAGAGAUGAAGUUGCUUGGCCUGCCAUUGGAUAAGAGAGCUUAUGGGUCAAUGAUAAUGGCCUAUAUAAGAGCUGGAAUGGCAGGCCGUGGAGAGAGUCUAAUAAGAGAAAUGGAAGCCCAAGACAUAUAUGCAGGGAAAGAAGUCUACAAGGCAUUGUUAAGAGCUUAUUCCACAGCUGGGGAUACUGGUGGGGCUGAAAGGGUAUUCGAUGCCAUCCAGUUUGCGGGUAUUGCCCCUGAUGUCAAGCUUUGUGCUCUUCUCAUGAAUGCAUAUCGUGUGGUGGGCCAGAGCCACAAAGCUCGUAGCGUGUUGGAGAAUCUUCGGAGGGUUGGACUUCAGCCCAGCGAUAAAUGCAUGGCUGUGAUGUUGGGUGCUUAUGAGGAUGAGGGCAGCCUUAACAAGGCAUUGUCCCUAUUAAUAGAUCUUGAGAAAAAUGGUUUUUUGAUUGGUGAAGAAGCAUCACAGAUUUUGGCAAAGUGGUUUCGUAGAUUAGGGAUAGUGGAUGAGGUAGAACUUGUAUUGAGAGAAUAUGCUGAAAGGAAGUAGUGCUCUGAAAGAGUUGUGGAAUUCAUUUCUCGUUUCUUGAAGGAGGAUGAUGGCAUAUAAACUGCAUUGAAAGAUGGUGUAUCUAUCAUCUGCGUCUAGUCAGUCCGUGAACCCAUUGUCCUGGCCGUCCAAUUGACCGGCCACCGGUUGGAGGGUCCAUGGUCUAAAAGUUAACAUCGAGUGCAUGUUACUGUCUGAUCGGUGGGACUUUGAACAGUCAAUGAAUUUGGGAAUGGUUGUUAGGUAGCUAUAAUCAUUUUAUUUGGACGGUCAGGAUCAUCAUGUUUUGUGCACUGAAUUGAUGAAAAGAUUGAUUUAAAUUGAUUACCAUGCAUGGUUUA